AUGCCAAGAAAACGUGACGGAAUUACACUUCGAUGCAUUGUACCAUCAACUGGAACUGUGGUGAUUUCUCGUCAACAAUCUAAUGGUCAAGGUCGUGGUUCUAAUACAUGGACUUCACCUGAUGGAUGUGCCAUGUUUACUAUUCACUGUAAUAUCUCAUUACAAUCACUACUUGGCCAACGAUUGUCAUUGUUACAAUUAAUUGCGGCCGUUGCUAUUGUACAAGCAAUUGAAAAAUCUCCGGAAUAUAAGAGUAUGAAUCUGAAAAUAAAAUGGCCUAAUGAUAUUUUCAUCGGUGAAGAGAGUAAAUUAGGUGGUAUAUUAGCAACAUCAUCAAUCAGUGGAGAUGAUUCCAGUAUUACCAUCGGUUGUGGUGUUAACAUUCAUAAUUCAUCUCCGUCAAUCUGUGUUAAUGAUGUUAUUAAUAACAUAAAUAAAACUAAAAAUAUGACACUUGAUGAAUUUACAACUGAAGAAUUUAUCGUUCGAACAUUGAAUUUUGUCAACACAUGGAUCUCUGAUUUAACAACAAAUAAUCAAUCAAAUGCUAAUAAAUCGAUCAAUCAUUUUUAUAGAAUUUACGAAAGUUUAUGGAUGCAUCAAAAUAAAGAAGUUUUUGUUGAAAAAUGGAAUGAAUCAGUAAAAGUGAUCGGAAUUGAUGAGUAUGGAUUUUUGCGUGUUCAAAAAAAAGAUGGACAGACGUUAACAUUACAUGCCGAUGCUCACAGUUUCGACGUAAAACAAAAUAUUAUUAGAGAAAAAAUGAUGAUUUCUCCUAAACUGUGUUAG